AUGGAUACAAUUCUCUUCUUUAGCCUGAUUUUUGCAGCCUCUGAUGCCAAUCAGAAAGAACUCAAAGGCAGUAACUGUCAAGUACAGCAGCUUCCUGGACUAUUCCCAACGGGCAUGAGAAGCAUCAAAGUGCUGCUGAUGCAAGAAGCACAGGAAGAUGCCAAAAAGGAAGCACCAGGCCAAAACCAGACAGUGGCCUCCCUGCAGUGCCUUGGCUCAGGGGGCAAAGUGACAAUCAAUCUCCAGGAUUCAGAGGGAAGGUCAAAGGCCAGGUAUACCUUGAAAAGCCUGAGUGUCAUCAGUGCUCCACUCCAGGACAACCUCACGGGGCCACGCUGCUAUUUAUCUACAGCCCCCAAAUUGUGGUUCCAGGCCGGACGCCAUCUUACCGUCCAAGUGUUAUUACCCAGUAUCUCCAACUGUAAGUUCUACCCUGUGGUUGAGGCCUCAUCGGAGAGACUGUCACCAACCACCACCAUCACUACCACUGCAGAGGACAGUGAAGAGGAGAAGGCACCUAUUACUGACACAGAUGAGGACCUUCUUCUGAGGAAGAAAUGGAGCGUUGUGGUCAAAAGCCUCAUUGCUGUCAUCCUGCUGAGCAGUGGACUAGCCAUAACCGUGUUUGUCAUUUUUGAAGUCCCCUGCCCGGUUGGACCCAGAAGGACAGAAGCUCCCAACUUAUCUUCUCCCAAAAAGCCGUCUGAGAUCAUCAUUAUUCACCAGACAUACUUCUGAAAAACUCUUUUUCUAGGCACAAACAGAUGACUGUUCCAUUCUGCCUUCUACACUGAACAUUAGUGGUCAAAAUCAUGUUCUAUAUUCCUAUUCUGUUUUCUCCCCAUCAUUCA